AUGUCUGUACGACGGGUGCCUCCCGGUGUUGACCUCAGCCAGCUCAGCGCAGAAGAGAGGGCCAUCAUCGAGGAGGUGAUGCACAAGGCACAACAAGAGGGCGUCGAAGGUGUCAAAUCCGGGAGCGAACUGGGGACAUCCCGAGUUCCUGUCAAGUGUGCUCUUUGCCAGAUACGAGAGGUGCCUCCCAAGUCGCGGACCGAAUGUGUUAGCUGUCGGCAAGUGGUCUGCCAGAGCUGCGGACGACACACGGACGCCGGGCCGUAUCAGGACUCAGAGUGGCUGUGCAACAAGUGCUUUGAGGUGCGGAAGACGGCCAUCGCGUCUGGUUCGUACCCGAUGCGGACAGCGGCUGCCACUGGGCCAGGUCCUGGGCCUGGUCCGGGCUUGGGGCCGGGCCAGGUGCGGCCAGCAGUGCCCGGCGGAACGACGCCCAUGAAGAUGACGGCCCCGGGACAGCCGCAGAUGGCCAACGGAUCUCAGCAGCGUCAGUUUGCCACCGCUGGCGGUCAAAGUGAGUACAUUGAGCGCGGCUCCUCGGCCGACCCCGCCGCCCGCUGUCCUGUCCCGGCCCAUCCUGCGGGCGUCGUCCCGGCGCGGGUGCGCGCUCCACGGCCCCGCGGCCCCGGCCCCGCAGCGGCACCGAUCCCCGGCGCCGAGCAGACCGCUGGGAGGCCGGCAGCCGGACACCAGCCCGGUCCGCCGCAGCAGCACGGCGGCCAGCCCGGCCCUCAGCAGUCGCCGUCUCCUGGAGCGGCGCAUCAGCUCGGAAACUCACCAUCCUCUCAGCUGGCUCCGGACCCCGCCAGAACACAGCCCUCGCCUUCCCAGAUCAACGCCAACCACCCCGCUGCGCCGCCCACCUCCCAGCCGGACCUCAAUCAAAACAGCACCCAGCACUCCCACCCUCCGACCAGCUUGUUUCCGCAAAACGCUCAACAGGACAGCCCACCGGCGGCUCCGUUCCCGGCGGUGUCAGCGGCGCCGGGAUUCCUAUCGAACGGCCAGCCGCAGCACUGUCAGUCCACGACGGCUCCUCACGGCCCGCAGCCGCCGAGUUCUCACACAGUCGUGGGGCCCGGCGGCUCACCGCACGCGGCCGUCACGCUCGGCCAAAGCGGCACUGCCCCGCCUGCCGCUCCGCAGACGUCAACACCUAACCAGCCCAGAGCUCCAAGUCGAUCGGAACAGUCACCUUCCCCUGGCGCCGCGAAAAAGCCCCAGAUCAGCAAGGUGGAACGGACGUUGGACAGCUUCUUCGGGAAGACUGACAAGCUGCUAGCCAAGUUUGACAAGACGCUGACCGAGAAACUGCUGGACCCGUCGCACGUGUCGCCAUCACCCCCGCAGCAGCAGCUUCAAAAUCAGCAGCAGCUUCAAAGUCAGCAGCAGCAGCCGCAGCCGCAGCCGCAGCAGCAGCAGCAGCAGCAGCAGCAGCGACAGCCGUCUGACCGAGGCCUGUUGAGCAGUCUGCAGCUCAGUCUGAAGGGUAAGGUGUCGGAGGGUCUCGGUGGUCUGAAGCCGUCCGUCCAGCCCCCGGCGGCUCUCCGCAAUCUGCACACGGACGUCAGUCAGUCCAUCAGCCUGUCGGCGCAGGCUCUGCGCGCUGCCGAGGCGCGCACCGCCACCCCCGGGCGGGACCAAGUACAAAUGGCCGGUCAGACCGCCGUAUCGGCGGCCACAUCCAGCCCGUCUUCCUUGUCGGCACAGCUGAGCAGUCAGCAGCAGGAGCAGCUGAUGCAGCAGCAGCGCCUUCUGCAGCAGCAGCAGGAGGAGAUCGCGCGCCUGCAGCAGCUGCAGAAGGAGCGCGAGCGCGAGCUGGAGUUGAAGGCCGAGCAGCAGAAGCAGGAGUACCAGCGCCAGCUGCAGCUCAGUCGGGAUCAGCAGCAGGCUGCUCAGACGCAGGUCGCCGCACAGAUUUCGACGGCGUCGUCCGGGACCAAAAUUUAUGUGCCAACGCCGCUGGUUGCGGUCGCCGCCAGUGGGAAGCAGCAGACUGCCGCCGACCCUCUAUCGCUACUGAGGCCUUCCGUGAGCUCCAGCUCGAGCGCACCGCCCGCCGGAGAGACGAUACCGCCUUCCACCUCCGCAGGCAAGGGUCCGCCCUCCUCCUCAGAGUUCGUCGGUAGCGACCCAGACUUCGAGAACCGCAUGUCGCGUCGGAAGCGGUUCCUGCAGCACCUGGCGUCACUGGGAGCCGAGACGGACUCGCCGCCGAGUCCGGGCGAGUCACCGCUGCUGGCGCUCGAGUCGUGCUCCGAUCGACUGGCCACACCGUCUCCCAUGAGCAGUGUCGGUAGGAUCGACGACGAGACGCCGUUCUCGGAGCGCGAGCGGCCCAGCUCGGCGCCAGAGAUCAAGGCGCGCUCGCAGUUCUCCAGUCGGUUCGGUGUGCACAUACCAGCCGGCUUCCUGGACAUGGCUGAGGACGACCUGGAGCUGCGGCCGCCGGCGCCUUCCCCACUCGACCGGUUCCGGAACGGGCCGAGAGACAUGUCACCGGCGCGGACCAAGGACGCGCAGCCAGACAUACAGAGAGAAACAUCACCAGCGCGGACCCGGGACCCGCUGCGGGAUAUACCCGCAGACUCGCCGCGGGAGGCGCCGCGAGCCGCGGUUAGGGACGGGCCGCGGGAGAACACGCGGGACGGCGCCCCUGUCCUGCCCACCUCCUUGAAAUCUCCCCGGGCUCGGACCACCCUGCAGGCGUCCCCGAUCCCGCACCCGCCGCCGGCGGUCACGCCGGCCCUGUCCCCGCCGCUGCCGGAGCGUGACCCGAGCCACGUGCUGCGCUACUGUGACGUCGAGAGUGACGAGGAGAGCGACGAGUCGUCGGGGCCGUGCUCGGUGGUGCUGGAGGCCAGCCCCGGCGCCGUCUACACCAUUGAGGAGGAUGAGGAGGAGGCGGGCACGCCCACCGCUGCCGACGGCGUCUCCCGGCGCAGAACCUCAGGGGACCUAUCCGAGCAGCUGUCGGUAGCUGGCGUCCAGAGGUCGCAGUUCACCACCCAGCGCUCUCUGGACGGCGGCUCCAGGACACUGGAACCGCUGCCCCUGUCCGCUCCAGGCAGCAACGGGACGGCCCCGCCAGCGUCCAGCGGUCCACUGAGCAGCGUCAGCUCGUCUCUGUCAACACAACAUGGAACGACGGCGUCACAUAACACCGAUCCAGGGACACGGCCGAAUCCCGGUGGCCCCAAUGAUGGCAUGGGAUCAUCCCCACUGGGUGGCGCUCAGGGGAUGCAGCGUAACAACCCAAGGUUCGGCAUGCCGGUCGGCGGCGGCCAGUUUGGUGCCGGCGGCGGGCCGCAACCGAGCCCAUUCACUGCUCGGAUGGCCAGUCCGGUACCACCCGUCCAGCACCACCAGCAGCAGCCGCAGCACCAGCAGCACCAGCAGCACCAGCAGCUGCAGCAGCAGCCGCGGCUGGCGCUGUCGGGCCAGCAGCCCUCCGCGUUUGCCUCCGUUCCGGCGCCGGCGACGGUCGGCGGUGGCUUGAUGCGAGGCGCCACUGGCGUACCCAACCGGCCGGCGCUCACUACCGGGCACAACGGCUCUCUGGGACCAGGGGCAGGUCUGCGAGGCUACCCUGGCGAACCCCCGAGACAGCCGGGCGUCCGUGCGGCGGGCCCCGGCCAGGGUUACCCGCCGGUCAGCCAGCCCCCAGCCGCUCAGGGUUACCCGGGCAGCCAGAGUGGCUACCCGAACACCUCUGACGGCUACACGGCGGCCAACCACCAGGGCUACCCGGGUUCUCAGCAGGGGGCCGGCUACCCUCCGACGGACGGUGGGCAGUGGCCGGGCCAGGCCGGUGUCGACAGCGUGCCGGCUAUGAACGGCCCCGUCCUGGCGCCGUCGAGCGCCGACGUGUCGCUCGUCAGCGCUGGCCAGGGCCUUCAGCCGUCGUCCAUGAUCGACCAGACAAUGUCGUCAGCAAUCGGAGCUCCAUUCUCACAACCGCAGCAGCAAUACCAGCAGCAACUUCAGCAGCAACAACAGCUACAAUCGCAGCAGCAGCAGCACCUCCAGCAACAGCAACAGCUCCAACAACAACAGCAACAACAACAGCACCAGCUGCAGCAGCAGCAACAGCAGCACCUCCAACAGCAGCAGCAGCCGCAGCAGCCGCAGGCGAUGGGCACGUUUCAGCAGCAGCAGGCGGCGUCUCUGGGCCUGUCCAACGCCACUGGUGCCGUACCAAACAGCUCGUACCCGGGCCAGCUGCCGGCGGACCAGGUCCUCUCCGGCCCGAUGGUCUCUGCUCAGAUGGCGGCCGCGCAGACCAUGCCCGGCCACAUGAUGACGGCCCAGCCGCUGCCCGGCCAGCUGGGCCCGGGUCAGCAGAGCGUCCCGACCUACCCGCCGGUGACGGGUCCGCACCAGCUGUACCAGCAGCCGCAGCAGCAGCAGCCGACCAGCAUGGCCGGCGGCGUGCGUCCGACCGGCGGCCAGGGCUCCUCCAUCAGCGGCAUGCUGGCCGACUUCAGCAGGGCGCUGGGUCUAGGCGGUCAGACGGACAAGUCUGUACCUCGCUCGACGGCUCCGGUCUCGGCCGCCGGCUACAUGAGGCCCCAGGCGAGCUACGGCCGACCGCCAGUGUCGAUGGCGGCACCGAUGGCGGCGCCGGCGGACCCGGCGGCCGCCCUGGACCCGGCCUACGGCUACCCGUCCGGCCUGACCGCCGAGCAGGUCAUGUACCACCAGCAGAUGGCGGCGCACCACCAGGCGCAGCACCAGCGCAAACAGCGCCUGCUGCAGCACCAGCAACCGAACACGGCCGGCGCGGCACGACUCUACCAGGCCGUGCCGACCGCCUCGCUGCUGCCGGGGUCGACAGUCACAGCGAGCGCUCAAAUGAAGACGACCACGCCCAUCGUGCUGGUGGCCAAUCAAACGCCUGCUGUCAUGGCAACGCAGAUGACGUCUCACGUGGAGCCGAUUGUGAGGCGACAUCCAAUCACCGGGGACCUAAUUUAUACCAGUCCGGUAUUUAUACAAGGCACUCCUGUGGGCACUCCGGUCACCCCUGCCGGCACUCCCCGCGGCCUGCGCGAUGACUCAUCAGACACGAUGAGCGAAACGGACAGCCAAAAGUCCCUGCGAAUCCGUCGAAAGCUUCCAUACCUGCCCAUGGAUCAGGAGGCUGCGCCGCUCCCCGUCGCCAGAAAACGCGACAAACACAAACUGCUCGGCAAAAGGGGGCACGGCGGCCUGUACCGCCAGACGUCGCUGGACAGCGCGGACCUGCGGGAGCCCACCUCGCUCAACAGCCUGGCCAUGGCGCGUCCGAGCACCAGCAUGACGAACUUGGCGGCUGCCGCCAAGACGCCGCUGCCGGAGCUGCCGGCCCGACCCGGCUCGGCGCUGGGCAUCAUGAGCGAGACCAGUCGGCUGGCAUCGCUGGAGGCGGCCCGGGAGAACCUGAACGCCAGCAUCGCGUCCGUUCUGCCGCCGGACCUGCAGCACCUGGUCUACAGCCGGCCCGGCGUCUCGUCCUCCUUCUCCGAGACGUUCGCCAAUCAGCUGACGUACGCAAACAGCCUGAAGAACGAGCUGCGGACCGCCUCAGACGACAAGCGCCGCCUCCUGGAGGCCGAGCUGUCUGCGCUGAAUGAGGAGCGUCGGCGCACACUGCGCCAGACCAACCUGUCACCAGCCACCCGCCAGAGAAUUGAGCAGCGGAUGGGUCUGACGUCCUUCAGCCCGACGCUGCGCCGGCGCCGGUUUCCAGUCGGUCGCCGUCACCUCAGCGAUCCGAAGCUGUUCAGCGCCAACGUCUCUCCAAUCAGGGACGACGAGGAUAUGCUCAUGAGCUACGGCGGUGUGCUGGGCUCACGGCUCAAGUCGCUCGAGUACGAGAGUCUGGACGGCGGUCGUCUGGACCGGAGCGGCGCCGGCGGCUGGGGUGACCCGUCCCAGCCGUAUAUCGGCUCGUACCCGUACGGCGGCGGUCUGCGCGAUACGGCUAUCAGCGCCUACCUGGGCGGCGAGGACGGUCUGGAGCGGCGGCUGGCCGGCGCCGGCGCCAGGUCGCUUCAGCGUCGGCUCAGUGACGGCGGCCUGCAGCCGUCCGAUCUGUCGCGCGGCUACCCCGGCGGCGACUCCAGUCCGCGCCACCGGCUGUCGCGGCGCGCGCGCAAGCCCCGCUCGUGGCACCCGUCGCCGUACGGCAGCGAUGACGAGGACGAGCUGAUCGGCCGCGACGAGCGGCGCCACAAGAUCAAACAGGAGAUCUCGCGGCGCCGGCACCACAUCGAGGAGAACUCGAGCCUGCACGACGAGCUGCUGCGGCUGGCGCGACUGCGGGAGAGCGCCGAGCUGAGCCUGAGCGACCGCUCCGAGCCGGCCGGCGCGCCGGGACGACCCUCCGGCGGCCACUCGGUGCUCAAAUCCAUUGACGAGAUCAUGCGCGACGAGGGCUACGGUCGGCGUGUGCCCGACCCGGGCCUGAGCUACUACAGCUCACCGCCGGCGCGCCGGCCCGACCUGGACGGCCGCGUGGGCCGCAAGUUCUCCAGCUCGGACGAGGAGCGCAGCAUGAACCGUCUGGCAGCUACCUUCAACGCAAACGAACUGUACUAUGACCCCAUGCCCGAGUAUUCGUCUUACAGCAAACAGAGAGUGGACGCUACGGGCGCACUUGGCAUGGACUCUGCGGCCCGGUCGCGUCACACACAAAGAGCCGAUGAUCCCAGCGCGCGCAAAUUAUACAAAGGCAAGUAUGACCGGAGGUGGCAUUGAUGUAUCUAGUGUUGUGCGAGCAACGCUGUUUGGAAUGGUUGUUGGACCUCCACCCUCUCUAUCCUCGUCAGUCUUGAGCAUUGGAGUUCGGUGUGAUAUGGUUUCUCUCUCACCGCUUAGCUUGUCUAGUGGCCUGGCCUGUGUAUCCAACGCUUCAGGUGUUUUUUGGCUUCAUUUGUUGUCGUGCCAUACCUUUUUGAGGGCGGCCACACUGCUCGCGGCCUGUCCGUCACCCGCGCCUGCUUCUUUGUCACACGCCGUAACCGCAGCGUGCAACUGCUCUGUGAAUGGCUGGCUUCACUCUGCAGCACCCGGCCCGCGAGCGGAUGGGACUCGACUCGGCCGAAUGUGACCCUAUACCCACACGUCGGUUUGGUUUGUGCCUUACAUGGGCUCCAGAUUUGUACAGUAUUGUAUGGUGAUUGGUUUUGUGGCAUUCCUGUCAUAUCAUGAACGAAAAGCAAGGAAGCACAAAUCGCUGCCACUGAGCCGCACGCUUUUGCUUGUGUUGUACAGGUAUCACUGUAAGUUAUUGCUGCCAUAUGUGUUAUAGUGACGGACGAUGACAACGUACCUUUGUAGAAUGAUAUAGGGUUCGUCUGUGCCCCUUUUUAACUGCUUGAUUUGAUCGACAUGUUAAGGAUUCGCGUCAGCAAUUCACGUGUAUAUGAUCUCAGAUAUCUGAGAUUCUUGCGUACAUAUAUUUGCCCGUAUAUGUAUUUAUGAUUUGUAUUGACGGGAACACACUCAAUGGCUGGUCGUUUAUUUUGACAGAAACUGUUUCGCCUUUUGCAAUAGAAUCGUUGGUAAUUGCGCCCAUGUUGCAACUUCCACACAUGAAUUUUAGCUAGUGGCUUGCGCUAAAUAAAUGAAUUGUAAAAUG